AUGGCUGCGAAUGCGGCCAUGCGCGUCAUCAUCCGCGAAGACCCUCAGGCUGCAUCGGCGUACAUUGCCGAGUACAUCGUCAGCCGUAUCAAGGAUUUCAACCCCACCGAGACUCAGCCCUUCGUUCUAGGCUUGCCCACUGGUAGCAGCCCUGAAAUCAUCUACAAGCUCCUAGUGCAGCGCCACCGCGCCGGUGAGAUAUCUUUCAAGAAUGUCGUGACGUUCAACAUGGAUGAAUAUGUGGGCCUUCCACGCGACCACCCCGAGUCCUAUCACAGUUUCAUGUACAAGCACUUCUUCUCGCACGUGGACAUCCCGCCCCAGAACAUCAACAUCCUCGAUGGCAAUGCGCCCGAUCCCGUGGCGGAAUGCGCCGAUUUCGAGGCGCGAAUCGCGCGCGUCGGUGGCAUUGAGCUGUUUCUGGGUGGCGUCGGACCCGAUGGGCACAUCGCCUUCAACGAACCCGGUUCGUCGCUGAGCAGCCGGACCCGGGUCAAGACGCUGGCCUACGACACCAUCCUGGCCAACUCGCGCUUCUUCGAUAAUGACGUGACCAAGGUGCCGCGCAUGGCCAUGACUGUCGGCAUCCAGACGAUCAUGGAUGCCCGGGAGGUGGUGAUUGUGGCGACAGGCGCCCACAAGGCCUUUGCCGUGCAGAAGGGACUGGAGGAUGGCGUGAACCACAUGUGGACGCUGUCCGCCCUACAGCUGCACCAGCACCCGUUGAUUGUCUGCGACCGUGACGCGACGCUGGAGCUCAAGGUCAAGACGGUACGCUACUUCGAGUCGAUCGAGCAGGCCGGCACCGAUGCGCGCACCCAGGGUCCUCCGUUGGUCUACCGGCCCCGCACCUACGUCCCGGCCCCGCUGCCGGCGAAGAAGGCCUCGCCGCGCCAGCAGUCCACCCCAGAUACAACCCCACAGAAGGUGCCCAAGGAUUUGCGCAUCAACACCGAGCUGCACCGCUCUAUGGAGGAAGACGAGCUCACGCCCGACAGCAUGUCCUCUCGCAUGGUGGAUUCAGCCAUCGGUGGUCUGGACGGCACCCUCAAGAACGAUUUGAUCUUCGAUCGCAUGGGCGCCCGAGUGACCACGCUAUAA